UCUUGGGUCUGAGGGAGGAGGCUGGGGUCUGGACUCAUGGGUCUUAGGGGGAGCUGGAGUCUAUCCUCUUGGGUCUGAGGGAGGAGGCUGGGGUCUGGACUCAUGGGUCUUAGGGGGAGCUGGAGUCUAUCCUCUUGGGUCUGAGGGAGGAGGCUGGGGUCUGGACUCAUGGGUCUUAGGGGGAGCUGGAGUCUAUCCUCUUGGGUCUGAGGGAGGAGGCUGGGGUCUGGACUCAUGGGUCUUAGGGGGAGCUGGAGUCUAUCCUCUUGGGUCUGAGGGAGGAGGCUGGGGUCUGGACUCAUGGGUCUUAGGGGGAGCUGGAGUCUAUCCUCUUGGGUCUGAGGGAGGAGGCUGGGGUCUGGACUCAUGGGUCUUAGGGGGAGCUGGAGUCUAUCCUCUUGGGUCUGAGGGAGGAGGCUGGGGUCUGGACUCAUGGGUCUUAGGGGGAGCUGGAGUCUAUCCUCUUGGGUCUGAGGGAGGAGGCUGGGGUCUGGACUCAUGGGUCUUAGGGGGAGCUGGAGUCUAUCCUCUUGGGUCUGAGGGAGGAGGCUGGGGUCUGGACUCAUGGGUCUUAGGGGGAGCUGGAGUCUAUCCUCUUGGGUCUGAGGGAGGAGGCUGGGGUCUGGACUCAUGGGUCUUAGGGGGAGCUGGAGUCUAUCCUCUUGGGUCUGAGGGAGGAGGCUGGGGUCUGGACUCAUGGGUCUUAGGGGGAGCUGGAGUCUAUCCUCUUGGGUCUGAGGGAGGAGGCUGGGGUCUGGACUCAUGGGUCUUAGGGGGAGCUGGAGUCUAUCCUCUUGGGUCUGAGGGAGGAGGCUGGGGUCUGGACUCAUGGGUCUUAGGGGGAGCUGGAGUCUAUCCUCUUGGGUCUGAGGGAGGAGGCUGGGGUCUGGACUCAUGGGUCUUAGGGGGAGCUGGAGUCUAUCCUCUUGGGUCUGAGGGAGGAGGCUGGGGUCUGGACUCAUGGGUCUUAGGGGGAGCUGGAGUCUAUCCUCUUGGGUCUGAGGGAGGAGGCUGGGGUCUGGACUCAUGGGUCUUAGGGGGAGCUGGAGUCUAUCCUCUUGGGUCUGAGGGAGGAGGCUGGGGUCUGGACUCAUGGGUCUUAGGGGGAGCUGGAGUCUAUCCUCUUGGGUCUGAGGGAGGAGGCUGGGGGCUGGACUCCUAGGUCAGAGGGAAGGGGCUGGAAUCUGACCUCUUGGGUACUGGGGAUAGACCCUUGGGCUUCAGGCUUGCUGUGUAUGCACUCUUCCAUCUAAAUUGAAUUUCAAAGUUCCUGGAGGGUUGGGGUCUGAGGGUUUCUUUAAUCACCAGGAAAGCUACAUCAACCAAGUAAAAGAAGAGCCUUCAGCAGGUGUCCUCUGUGGAAGCCUCCCAGCUGGCCAGAGGCCAAGUUCACCCUCAACAACCCCUGCUCAGCAUUCGGAUCUUGUGCUCAUCCAGCAGUCCUCCCUGAUGCAAUCCUACUGCUUCUUUCACCAGAGACUGUCCUGCACAGGUGCUCCCCAGACACCCUGGGGGAUGGGAAUGGACAGUCUCCUUCCCACUGAGCCAGGCUUUGCCAGGGGGGGAAACUGGGUGACUCCCUGGAGUUGAAGCUCUGCUGGGGAAAUUUCCUGGGUUUGAAAGAGGGGGCUGUAGCAUGUAUCCCUGGGUCUGAACGAUGCGAGGUUGGAGCUGAACCCUUGGGUCUGAGGGAAGAGGCAGGGGAUGGACCCUUGGAUCUGAGGCAGAAAGCUGGGUAAUAGGGAGGAGAAUGGGGGAGGAACCCUGGAUCUGAGGGAGGAGGGCUGAGGUCUAGAAUCCUGAGUCUGAGGGAGGAGGCUGGGGAAGCAACCAAUGGGUCUGUCCCAGGGUCUGAGGGAGGAGGGUUGGGGUCUGGCCCUGGUAUGAGGGAGUAGGCUGAGGUCUGGACCCCUGGGUGUGAGGAAGGAGGCUGGGGUCUGAAUCCCAGGGUAUGAGGGAGGAGGAUGGGGAUGGACCCUGCAUCUGAAGGGGGACACUGGGGUCUGGACCCCAGGGUCUGAGUACAGUCUGGUCCAUAACCUGGAGAAAUGAUCUAAUCUUGGGCCAGCCAAGUGGAAUUCCUGAGUCUUUGCGAGGUGUGAAGGCUCAGGUACAGGCGAGACGGGGCUGCUGGGCCAGCCGGGUCCAGCAAAACUCGGGACAACAGGAGAGCUGAGGUCUUUGUCUUCAGCCACAACGUGAGGCCCUCAGAGAAAGAAUGUGAGUCUACUCUUGCCACCAUCCUUCCGGUCAGAAAAAAAAAGUUAUUUCCGAGACUUGCCAAUCUUCAAAGCAGCAGCUGGACCCCAGACUCUAGGGUUCCCCCAAGGAAGGGCUGGGUGCUCCGCUGUGGGGUGUGGUGUGUAUGCGGCCCAGGGCUCCGCAGCCUCCGCCUGGGCUAAGAGGCCUGGCACAGGCUUGUCCUGGGCUCUGGGGCUGCCUGGCAAACAGGUUCUCCAUCCUCCAGGGAGGGUGCGGUAAGUGGGGAGGAGGAGUCUGGGGAUGUCCCCCUCGGUGAGGACCAGGUGUCCCGGCCCUGCCCUGCUGGGGCGUGGCUACUCCCAAGAGCAUCCAGGUGCAGGGAGAAGACUCUAAAUCCCGGCACUGGAGAGGGCAACGCGCGUCGGACCGGAGCUCUGGGGUCCAGCUUUGCAGCCCCAUACCAGUCCUCAGGUCUAUGCAAGGAUACGACUGAUACUGAAGGCGAACUGGGCUGCCCUUCGUGGAGCCCUGUGACCCUAGAGGAAGGGGCCAGGGUGCUGCGUCCCACCCACUCGAGUGGAGGAGAGGGUGCCGUGCCUCACUACCCUGGACGGUCGGGUGUGGCGCCAGCCAUGUGGACCCUCAGCCGGCGGCAGCUCUGCCUGGCUUUCCUGCUGGUCUGUGUGCUCUCGGCUGUCUCCUUGUUUCUGCAUCUGCACGGAAUCUUUCAAAAUGGCUUAACUCUCUCUGUCCUGUGUCCAGACUAUGACCUGCUGAAAUUCCCAGUGGCCACGGUAUGCCUGCCUCAGCCACUACUGACACCCAAUGCCUCCCCUCCCAGUCCCUGGCAUCUUGCCUCACUCCCUGGGACUUGGACCUUCUCCCCAAGAGGCAGGUUUGGUAACCAGAUGGGGCAGUAUGCCACACUGCUAGCCCUCGCCCAGCUCAAUGGCCGACGACCUUUCAUCUUGCCUGAUAUGCAUGCUACCCUAGCCCCUGUGUUCCGCAUCUCCCUGCCUGUGCUGGACCCUGAGGUGGAUGUCCUCACACCUUGGCGGCAUUUAGACCUACAUGACUGGAUGUCAGAGGAGUAUUCCCACCUGGAGGACCUGUUUCUUAAGCUUUCCGGCUUCCCCUGCUCUUGGACCUUUUUCCACCAUCUCCGGGCACAGAUUCAGAGGGAGUUCACCCUGCAUGACCACCUUCGAGAUGAGGCUCAGCACCUGCUGAGUGUACUCCGCCUGGACCCCACAGGGGCCCGCCCUCGCACUUUCGUGGGUGUGCACGUGCGCCGUGGAGACUAUCUAGAAGUGAUGCCCAAUCGCUGGAAGGGAGUGGUGGGUGACCAAGCUUACCUCCAGCAAGCCAUGGACUGGUUCCGGGCCCGGUACGAAGACCCCAUCUUUGUAGUCACCAGCAAUGGCAUGCAGUGGUGUUUGGAGAACAUCGACACAUCCCACGGGGAUGUGGUCUUUGCUGGCAAUGGAAAGGAGGGUACACCAGGGAGGGACUUUGCACUGCUCACUCAGUGUAACCACACCAUCAUGACCAUUGGUACCUUUGGCUUCUGGGCCGCCUACUUAGCAGGUGGGGACACUGUCUACCUGGCCAACUUCACCCUGCCAAACUCCGAGUUCCUGAAGAUCUUUAGGCCUGAGGCUGCUUUCCUGCCUGAGUGGGUGGGCAUUAAUGCAGACUUGUCCCCACUGCAGGCUCAUGCUGAACUUUUUGAGUCAGGCAACAUUUAAGAUUGGGCUGAUGCAUCUGCAGCCAGCCAGCUGUCUUCAGAGGCUUAGUGACUUUGGAAUAUGUCUGUGGAACAUGCCUGGAGCUGGUGGCCCCUCAUUUCCAGACUUCUAGACAAAGGCCUUUCUGGGAAUGAUGGAAUGCUCUAGAGUCAGCAGAGCAUCUUUUCCUGAUGGCCGAGGAGCAUUAGGCAGCCCUGGAAGCUGCAGUCCUCUUCUGACCAUACCAGCCCACAUCCCUAGAACUUCUGGGUGGUUGUUUCCAGGAACAGAAAACCCUCCCUUCUAGAUUUCAUGAGACUGAAGGACCAGGUUUCCUGGGUUUCUGGGAUGAUUCUAGAAGGCGGAGUGGAGAACCCUGCAGGGCCCUGCCAGAAUUCCAGAUAGUGAAGAUUUUAAUGGAGAUGCAUGCAUACUAUAUACUCAACACCCCCCCUUUGCCAGAAAUGUGGAGUGAUGAAAGACAGCCUUUCUUGAGCCAGCAUUCUUCUGGAAAGACAGGACAG